AUGGCAAUUAAAUCAAUGAGGGUUAUAGAUAUUGUUGCAAUUGCAAUAAUAAUUUCCUUGUUGACACCAAAAACACUAGGUGAUAGUUCUGAUAUUACUGACUCCAACUACGACGAAUUAGAUGCAUAUGGUUCUUCGCUAUAUUAUUCCAUUCCUGAUGAGCAUCGUAAUCAUGAAGAGGCGUUCGCACCUGCGCCAUAUGCUGAACAAGUGGAGGAAUGUUUAGAUAAUAUUUCAGACGAUUGCGGGGCAAUGAUAUUCAACAGGAUAAUGGACAAUGGAAAGUAUACAAAUGUUGAAGAUUGUUGUUGCUUUCAACUUUUAACACUAGGGAGAAAAUGUCAUAAUGCAAUUAUUGAAUCAACUCUUGCUAGACAUGAAAUGAAGGGAGUGAAUGCAGCUGAAAUUUGGAAAAAUAGUGACAAACUUUGGGAAGAAUGUGAAUCUAUAUCACCAUCACCAUCUUAUUAA